UCCGCGGCCGGAAGUAGUCUUAUAGCGCCGCGGGCCGAGAUGAAGCCGGCGGUGGACGAGAUGUUUCCCGAAGGCGCCGGGCCCUACGUGGACCUGGACGAAGCGGGAGGCAGCACUGGGCUCCUAAUGGACUUGGCCGCCAAUGAAAAGGCAGUUCAUGCAGACUUUUUUAAUGAUUUUGAAGAUCUCUUUGAUGAUGAUGAUAUCCAGUGAGGUGCUGUCCAGCUGCUGGCACGGCCACACCUCUGCCACCGAGCAGUACAGUGGAUGCUCUCAAAGGACAGUCUCAAAUGGCUGCAGAGAACUUGUGGACAUCACUUGGAAUCGGGCGGGGUAACCAAGAGAGAGAAGAGCGGUCUUAACCAUGUCCAUGAUGCUGUUAACCUCUAAAUAUGACUGGCUUUUGUCCUUCAAUUAAAGAAAGCUAUAUCGUGAU